CAUUGGAACAGUUCCCUUGUUUAUUUGUUUGUUUAUAUAUCGUUUAUUUCCAAGCUAGUUUUCUUAUACCUUUCUGAUUUGUCAUGCACUCAAUACCAUGUCAUUUUCUUUCCAAUGCAACCUAGUUUAUUUUCAUUACAUGUUUCAUUCAAAUGCGAGCUGCUAUUUUGGAUCAACGUUACCUAGUUUAUUUUCAUUACAUGUUUCAUUCAAAUGCGAGCUGCUAUUUUGGAUCAACGUUCUCAGUAUUUUCUGAUCCAGAUAAACGAAAAAGUGUCAUGGAAUGUCAUUUUCUUUUGUGCAAUUCUGGUUGGCUCAUCCAUUCCUUUGCCUUGGCUUGAACGUUCAUCUCUUCAAUGAAAAAGAAAUUUUUCAAAAGUUAAUGCCAUUAAAUAUAGGGAAAAGGGCCCAUUAUUUGAUUCCUUGUUUGAACCAGUAGAUUGAUAGCUUUCUCAUGUGAAUGCUUGAUUUUGUUCUUAUUUGGAUUUUGUGCUACUAUAAAAUUGCCUCGCAACAUUGGGGUUGUUGAAGCUAGGGAAAAAAAAACAUAUAUUAUGGAGGUGGCCGACAGUGUAACAUGUAUAAUUCUACUUAUUCUUUUCUGUGGGUCAGCAGCUGGAAAUAGAAAAGCUUUGUAUUCAUUCAAAGCUCAAGAGAAUGCCAUUGCAAUGGCUCCAUCAUCUGAUAAUGGUAUUUGUAAAUCAAUGGUGGAAACACAUGGUUACGAUUGUGAAGAACAUACGGUAACUACACAAGAUGGUUACAUUCUGAGUAUGCAAAGAAUUCCUGUGGGUAGGUCAGGUGGGACACCAGGAAACAGACCACCAGUCCUGUUACAGCACGGGAUCUUAAUGGAUGGAAUUACAUGGCUGUUAUUGCCGCCGGAACAGUCUUUGGCAUUUGUGUUGUCGGAUAAUGGCUAUGAUGUGUGGAUUGCUAAUUCCCGUGGAACAAAGUACAGCAAAGGGCAUAAAUCACUCAGUCCUAAAGAUCCGGCUUACUGGGAUUGGUCGUGGGAUGAAUUGGUAGCUUAUGAUCUUCCUGCUACGUUCCAAUAUAUAUAUGAUCAAACAGGACAAAAGCUACACUAUGUAGGGCAUUCACAGGGAACUCUGAUUGCAUUGGCUGCCCUCUCGAAGGAUCAGUUAUUGAACAUGUUGAGAUCAGCUGCUUUACUUUGCCCAAUUGCUUAUAUGGGUCAGAUGACUUCUCCACUUGCAAAAAAUGCUGCUGACAACUUCAUUGCUGAGGCAGUCUACUGGUUAGGCCUCAGUGAAUUUGAUCCACGAGGGGAUGCAGUAGUUAACCUUCUCAAAGACAUCUGCAGCAAACCAGGCAUUGACUGCACUAACUUACUGACAAGUUUUACAGGUCAGAACUGUUGCUUGAACUCUUCCAUAGUAAACAUAUUUCUAGAUCAUGAACCCCAACCAUCAGCAACAAAGAACAUGGUCCAUCUAGCUCAGAUGAUUAGGCAAGGAACCAUAAAAAUGUAUGAUUACAUUGACGAGGUUGAAAAUAUGAAACAUUAUGGGCAAGCAACACCUCCUGCAUACAACAUGACCAGCAUUCCAAAUGACUUUCCUGUUUUCCUUAGCUAUGGAGGGGAGGAUGCUCUUUCUGAUGUAAAUGAUGUGAAGUUAUUAUUGGGAAGUCUCAAAGAUCAUGAUGGAGACAAGCUUGUAGUUCAGUAUAGAUAUGAUUAUGCUCAUGCAGAUUAUGUCAUGGCAGAAAAUGCUAAACAAGAUGUAUAUGAUCCUUUAAUUGCCUUCUUUAGGCUACAAUAGUGAUUAUAUAGAUAGAUUAAAAGGAAAAAAGAAUUUCAAUCUCCUGGCCUUUGUUUCUUGUUUGUGUUAGUACAGAAAGGCUUCCAAUGCGUAGCACCACUUGAUGUGGAUUGGGAAUGUUGAUUUAAAUGUUACAAUCCCUUAGCAAUCUUGUAUCCAAAAAAUAACGUGUAUGAGACUU